AUGGCAAAUUCGGGUGAUGUUGAUUCCACAGGCGAAGGUGUUUCUAAAAGUACCGCUUCAUGGCUAACUCAUAGGCUAUAUAUCGCACCAAAUACAGUUAAAAGACAUAAAGUAACCCAGAACACAAAUAAUUUUGUUAAUAAGACGAAUACAGUUGGCUAUAGAGUUGGAAAUAAUGUAAACUAUAAUUUUAACGAUGAAUACGACCCUAGAUAUCCAAAUGAAUACGAAAAGGUGACAAAAUUACUCUCAAUAAAAUCUCAUACUAAAGUACCUCAGCCCAUCCAACUUACUCCUAACACUUUGACCCAAACUCCACUUUCAGGUAUUAUUUUACUCCACCAUUUACUUACUGUAGGCGACGAGAUGUUAAAGUUAAGAUUGGAAGCUAUGGAAAAAUCAGAAGUGUACACAGAGACUCCUUCAACGCAGAGUUUGCCAGUUACUUCACAGCCUAAAAAGCCUGAACAACCCGUUGCGUUGAAGAUGAUGGAGAAAAUGGGCUGGAAAGGGCAAGGUUUGGGUAAAAAUGAACAAGGAAUGGUUACUCCACUAGUGGCUAAAUCCAUCGGUAAAAAGAGUGCCAUCAUUAUUAACGCCCCUAACAAACCUGUUUCAGUCUCCAUACCUAAUACUAAUGUAUCUAAGGGUUUAAAUACUAUGGAAAAAGUCGAGGAUGAAGUGAAUAUAGACGAGAAGGAUCUCAGCAGAAUCUGUAUUAUAAUAUUCAAAGGGAAUAGUAAAGUGGAUUUGGAUGAAUUAGAAGAGAUUUUAACAGAAUUUGGUACAAUUAUUGACAUUAAAUUGUUGAGUGAAAAAAUGUGUGAUAGGCUGUUGCAAGAUCAAAGAUAUAGUGAAGUAGUUUGGAAAUUCCGUCAGGAUUCUUCGAUUGUUGUAUGUGAAUAUGAAACAGAAGAACAGUCGAAAAGAUUAUUUUUAGAAUAUAAUAACAAAUUGUUGAUGGAAUCCAGUGUUUCAAUAUUAUUUUUAUCUCCAGCACUUUACACUCAACUUUAA